AAUGGAAACCUUUUAUCUUCAUGGUCAGACCUAAACACUCCUUUAUUGGGAGCCAAAGAGGAGUUGUUACUGUCCAAUGGUGUAUCAACUAUCAAGCUUGUAGCUGCAGGUUCAGCAAAGGGAACAGUUGAACUAACAUUUUUGAAGCAGGGGCAGCUCAUCUAACCCACAAUACCCUCUCCUACAUAUACCAGCACCAAAUACAAGAUUUUCAGCAGUCCAGAUUUCAUUCCCAACCCACACAUUCCAAAUGGCCGAGGAGUUCGAGCUGCCUGAAUUCAACCCGAGGGAGCGCGCCAAGCAGCAGAUUUCGGUGCCAUUUCUGUGGGAGGUGAAGCCCGGUGCGCCGAAGAGGGACUGGGCGAUCUCCAAGCCGGCGCCCACGGUCUUCUCAUGUCCAUCCCCGGUCAAGCUUGUUGUCAGUGUGCCAUUCCAGUGGGAAGAGAAGCCUGGGAAGCCCCUACAAGACAUGUCACGCUUUCAUGCACCGUCCGAUCGUCAUGCCGGCUUUUCGGUAUCUCCUUACUCACUGAACCCUUUUGUGGCCGAGGAUGAUGAAGAGUACACGCUGGGGUUCGACCUGGAAGCGUUCGGGUUUCCAGACGACAGCAAGGCGUCCACCGGCGCCGCGGAUUAUGCGGACGGGUCGAGCCGCCAUGGCGCCUGGUACUCGUUUUCAGAGUCAGAGGACUACAGCAACUCCAGCGGGAACACCUCUUCCCGGGAGUCCCAGUUCCCCCGGGCGCCGUCGGAGCGGAGCUGGGAGGUGGCCAACGAUGACGACCAUGAGCUGACCAAGCCGCGGAGCCCUCUGAGGAGCGCGUUCACGCUGGAGGAGCUCAUGAUGCUGAGCCGCAAGCUGGGCGGCGGGCAAGGGUUCCCGGCCGAUGUGAGGAAGAAGAGCCUCUCCCCCUCGCUGUCCUCUGUGGAGCUCAUCAAGAAGUUUUUAAUUGUGUGUUCUUAGUGGGCGGCUCCGUGGCUGUUGCGGCACAUGGACGAGCUGUACCGUGUGUGCAUGUGCGUGUGAGUGAGAUCCCUGGCUGUGAUUGAUCGAGGAAGAAGCUCUGCGAGGUUGGAUUGCUUGCUUGCUUGCUGGGAAGUAGAAGCCUACUGGCUGUCCUGCGUGCUGGUGUUGUACUGUUGUGUUGUGUCUCUGAAGGAAGGAAUCUUGUACUCUUUUCCCGGUGUUUGUUUCAAGAUAAACAAACACUGGAUUUCUUUUUGUGUAUCAGCUUGCUGUUGCUUCUUUUAUAUGUGGAGAUUCUGCUUCUUGUUCAUU